UCCCAGUUGAUAACAACAUCGCACAGCAGUCCGAGUUUCAAGUGAUUACCAGUUUUUAGAAUCCAAUUCGAACAGAAUGUCGCACUUCGCCUUCGUCGCCGCUCUCUUCGUCUGCCUGGUCGUUAUCCUGGGAGGCCAGGGAUCCCAGGCUGCCAUUGCCCGAGUUAAGCUGACCAAUCCCGAUCAUCCCGGCAAGUGUGUACUGGACACGCACGCGAUCCUUUCGCCCGGACAGAUGGGCAAGGCGCCCAACCUGCCGUGCGCCAGUGCCGAGUGCCACAACGAUGGGCAUGUGACCUUCAGGACCUGUGCCGCGGUGGCGCCGCCAAAGGGUUGCAAGCAGCGCGACUUCGUCAACGUCAACCGCGACUUCCCCGCCUGCUGCGAGCGAUCCUACGACUGCACCAAGCACAUCUGAGGAUGCACUCCGAAAGGACUCUCUUUGGGGUUGCUCAUCUAUACGCAACCUACUUUAUGUUGUUAGUUAUUUUGUUUUUUUUUUUCGUUUUAUUUAUUGUGUAUACUACAACAUAACAAUUAAAAUGUAAACGCUUAGCAAUACAAUUAAAUAAUUUAAUAUAAUCAUUAACAGAAAAUACAUAUGCAUGUACGCUUGCUUGUA